AUGCGUUGCUUCAUACCUCCUAGAAAUCUUCGGGUCGAGAGCGGAGAUAUGGCUGAUGCUCCGAAAUGCGGACCGUCUUGCAGGCGUCAGAUCCGUCUGGAUGCCUUCGACGAAAUCAACGAGAGACGAGUGGACGACGUGUGUCUCACAAUUUUCUAUAAGCCGCACACGAUCUCGCUCCUGUUGGCCUUCAUAGCCUUCCUCAUAUAUUUCGCUUUCACGAGAGAUGAUCAGAUAUUGGAGGACAACUUAUGGGAUGGACUUCUUUGCGUCUUCUUUUUCUUCAUGAUUAUCUCCGUGCUGGCCUUUCCCAAUGGUCCAUUUACGCGACCACAUCCUGCUGUUUGGCGAAUGGUUUUCGGUAUGUCGGUUCUCUACCUCAUGUUCCUGAUCAUCGCUCUCUUCCAAAGUUUUGAAAACCUGCGGCAGAUCCAGUAUUGGUUUUUCCCCGAUCUGAAGUAUUUCCACAUUGACUCGGAAAAAGAGUACGGCGUCGACUGUUGGAACAUCACACUGGAGAACAUCUGGUCACACCUCGACGUUUUCGUAGUAGGCCACUUUUUCGGCUGGACCAUGAAGGCUGUUCUGAUUCGCCACUACGGAAUCUGUUGGACGAUCUCGGUCACUUGGGAAAUCACCGAAAUGGCAUUCGCGCAUCUGCUGCCGAACUUCGUCGAAUGCUGGUGGGACGCCGUCAUUCUAGACGUUCUCGUCUGCAACGGACUGGGCAUUUGGUUCGGCAUGCAGAUAUGUCGCUUCCUCGAAAUGCGAACCUACAAAUGGGAGUGCAUCAAAGACAUCGACAGCAUAUCAGGGAAAUUGAGGAGGGCCGUGUUGCAAUUCACCCCAGAAUCUGUGACGAAACUCAGCUGGCUCGAUCCAAGUUCGAGCUAUCUCCGCAUCCUCGCGGUGACUGAACUGGUCAUCUUCUGGCAGAUAACUGAGCUCAAUACGUUCUUUCUGAAACAUAUAUUCGAAGUUCCUCCCGAGCAUCCUCUGUCUUUGGCUCGACUUGCCCUGAUUUCGAUAAUCGUCGCGCCGACCGUGCGCCAGUUCUACAGCUAUGUAACGAACACCCGAGUCAAACGAGUGGGCACUCAAUGCUGGGUAUUCGGAGCCAUCAUGAUGACUGAAGCCCUCGUAUGCAUCAAAUUCGGACUCAAACUGUUCGAGUCCACCAAAGUCUUCAACAUCGUUGGCUGGUUGGUGUUCCAACUGGCUCUGUCGUGCCUUUGUGUCUACUUCUGCAUCAAAUGGCAAACGCGCUGCAUCUCCCUCAAGAAGAAAAGAAGAGGUUUCGCUGAAGGCGACGCUUUGGAUGCCCUCGAUGUCUUGACUGAAGAGGACGACGAGAAAAAAGACACGUAGUGGUCAUUCCGGGAGCCUCAAGGUCCUACAGUCAUGCGAAUACAUUGCUCUAUUCGAUCGCUUUCAUUCCAGGAAAGUGUUCGAGCGAAGCAGAGAAAACCUAGUUAUGAGUCCGAGACACAGAGGACUUCGGACUUAGCAGGGAAACGAUCAAGCGAGCGAAAGAAACACACGAGGACAAUGUUCACUGAACUCCAGAGUGCCAACUCCGACGAGAGCAGAGAGUCCAGGGAGAUAGUUCCGGAAGUCCGAGAGCUUCGUUUAUCUUCUCGGAGCGGUCCGAUGAUCGAGACGCUCUCUAUGAUAGCAACUACCAUAGUAUUUUUUCUACAUGAAGAAUUGUGAUUUUCCUAUUGAGGCCCAUGCGGGAACACUGCUCAUUUAUAUAGAAUCCUAGUCGUUGUAUCGAACAACCUGGAGCCGCGUAAUGUCGUGGGAAACAAGCAGGAUCCGUGAUAGUUGAGGCGGAAAGUU